GUAGGAAAGAGGAAGAGAGAGAGAGAGUCAGAGAGAGAGUUGUGUGUGAGUCUCAUGGGGAGACACACACACACAGUCAAUAUCCAGAUCUCCAGCAGACGUUUAUGACCCUCCUCUAUAAAGUUGCAGUGCUGUUGCAUGGAACCACGGAACAAUACUGUAGAUCUUCAGCAUAGAACAGUAGCGUGUUCCACCUGACAGCAGCUUCGUAGGAGUUUAAAGUCUUCCUUUAGAUGCUGAAAAGAGUAAAGACACAGUUGAGCAGAGAUCAACCAACCGAACACAAAAUGACAGCUGCAGCAGCUCUGGAACUUGAUGAGCUGUGUUUCCUGACAGCGCAGUCCAUGCCCAGUCUGAAAGUAUCCGAACACUUCCAGGUGGUCAAGCUCCUGGGACAAGGAUCCUAUGGGAAGGUUGUUUUGGCUGUGCACAGAAAGAGAGGAACUCCUAUGGCUCUGAAGCUCUUCCCUCGUCAGUCUACCUCCCUCCACUCUUUCCUGCGUGAAUACAACCUCUCCCUUUCUUACUGCACCCAUCCUUCUCUGACUCGGGCUCUCGGCAUCUUCUUUUCCACACCAACCUACUAUGUGUUUGCACAGCAGGCCGGACUCUACGGUGACCUCUACAGUGUAAUAGUGUCAGAGGUUGGGGUGGACGAAGAGUGCGUCCAGAGGGUGAUGGCCCAGCUCAGCAGUGCCGUUUCGCACCUCCACUCCCUGGGUUUUGUUCACCGUGACAUCAAACCUGAGAACAUCUUUCUGUGCGACAGCUCCUGUCGCUGGGUCAAACUGGGUGAUUUUGGCCUCGCCCGGGCCAGUGGGACCUGUGUCCGAGCCGUCUGGUACGAGUCGCCGUUCUGCACCCCAGAGGUGGAGCCAGCAAAGAAAGCUGAGAAGGAGAUGGAGAGAAGGCUGAGGGAAGGGACUGAAGAGGAGAUGGAGGACAUUUGGGUAACAGUGGAGCCUUGUAUUGACAGUUGGGCCCUUGGUGUACUCGUCUACUGCCUGUUAACUGGCUGCUUCCCCUGGGAGGAGAGCACCCAUGAUGACCGGGGCUAUUCCAGGUUCAAGGAGUGGUUUAUCAGAGACACAGAGCAGAAGGAGAAGAUCAGACACGCCGAGUGGGAGAGUGAGGAGGACAGUUACAUAAUUUUGAAGGGAAACCAAAGAGACAACCCUGUGCCUUCACAGUUUGAAGGCCUCAGCCCUCUUGUGAUGACACUUCUCAAGGAGCUGCUCCACCCUGAGCCCAAAAAGCGCGGAAGCCCGGAGGAGAUCCUGAGCUACCUGGGAGGACCGUGGCUGAUGGAGACAGAGAGAGAGGAGAGGAGGAAAGCAGAGGAGGCAGAGAAGGAGGCCAAAAAAAUACGAGAGGGAGCAGGGGUGGAGGGGAAACUGGUGAGGGAAGGACGGGGGGAGCGAUAAGUCUUUUUAAAAACAUUUUUAAGUCUUUUUAAAGUCUUUACACAAAAAAUUAGAUUUUUUUUUAAAUGAAUGUAGCAUUUCUGAUGAUGAGAAAAACACUGUCCCAAUGUGGCCUCUCUUUCUGCAUGUAAAUAUAGAUUUCACAACAUUUCAAAUGAAAACUAUGAGGUGCUGUAUUUUUCAUAUUUUUUUAUAAAAGCUUAGUCACUUCCAGUGAUACAUGUAUUCCAAUGUGUGCGUGUGUGACUAUGUUACAGGAGUCUAUAGAUGAUUAUGUAGAUGUUUUUUAACAUUGAGAUGUAUUAUGAUUUUAAUAUACAUAUGUGCUGUAAUUGUUUAAAUAAAAGGAAAAAAUAUUAACAUUA